AUGGCUUCGCUUAAUGGCCUUUGCAUCAUUGUUGCCGGUGGUGGCGGCGGCAUUGGAUCCAUCACAUCUCAAGUCCUAGCAAAACGCGGUGCCACAGUCGUCAUUGGCGACAUAGACGUCGACGGCGCUACAAGGGUAGCCAACAAAAUUACUGAGGCUGGCGGAAAAGGUGCAUCCUAUCACUUGGAUUUGAGGACUGAAGAUUCCAUAAAAAGUGUCAUCGAGACGGCGGCACGACAGUUUGGACGAAUCGACGGCAUCGUCAAUAUGGCGGCAUGUACGCAACCUGGAACUAUUGAUAUGGACGUGGCCGUCGACGAGAUGCGUCAUACGGUCUGGCGGGAAAUUUUGGAGGUGAAUCUGAUAGGUUUUGGCCUCAUGACGAAACAUGCGAUACCGUACUUGCUGCGAAACGAAACCGGGGGAAGUAUUGUAAACAUUUCGUCUGGUGCUGCGCAUGCUGGUGAGCCGACACGUCCUGCGUACGGAGCGUCUAAGUCCGCUGUGCAUGCUCUCACCCGCCAUACGGCGCGGAAAUGGGGACCUCAAGGAAUUCGGGCUAACGCGAUUAUGGUUGGACUCGUCGGAACGACGCAAGUGAGGGAGCUCUAUGCAGAGCAGCCGUAUCUACGCGAAGCAAUCAUGAGCUGCCCAUUGCAGCGCAUGGCAGAGCCGGAUGAGAUUGCGACUGUCAUCGCAUUUCUGCUAUCGAGAGAUUCCUCUUAUGUGACUGGCCAGGUUUGGGCUGUAGAUGGGGGAUAUCUCUUUCGUGAAUAG